CACAUGUAACUCCAGUGAAAUCAGACGUUGUCCACCGGCCAUCAUCAUUGAACAUUAACUGUGUGACAAACGUAGUUUGUGGAGCGCUUCUGUUUUAAAUGUCCCGGUAUGCUCGAGCGUUUCCGGGAUUUAGCCAUGUAACAUAAAUACCGUUAGCUAGGGGAAGUAACUGUUAUGCUAGCAACGCUCAGCAGGCAGAUGAUGACGUCACAUCUCACUGUAUUUUGGUGUUCAACAGAAACGGUUAACUCUCUCUUUAUGCUUCAAGUCAGAUUACUUGCUUGAUUAAGCCCUGGCUAGCUAACGCUUCGGUACAUUAACAUUUAGGAUUCCCUCAUGAGGAGUCAUCACUUCAAUAGACAAUCUCUGGAUUAGCUUCUCUCAAGCUUCUCACCAUGUUCUCUUACUGUGUCAGAAACGUGCUGUCGCGGCGCCAGCGCACAUUAAACACCACACCAUGCAGAGCAACACCGGCUGCGCGGCUCUCCAGGAGACACCGCAGCGCAUCGUCCGGUGGGGAUGUGGAUCAGGUCGGCGCUUUGCUGCAGCUCUGUGUGGACAGACACUAUGUCUCGCCUGGUCAGACCAACACCGAGCUGUUCCAAUGCGGCACGAGCUGCAUCUAUGGGCCCCUGGGCACGGAGCUGAGGAGAAACCUGCUGGAGCAGUGGUGGCACUCCGUGACCAGAUCCACUGCUCAGGUGUUCGGGAUAAACACUCUGAGCAGCAGCGAGGACACAGCAACAGGGGGACGGGGCCGACUGAGGAUGGUUGAGUCUGACUGUUUACGACGCGUACUGGAACAGACAGAACUGAGCAGGGAGCAGCUCGUCCAGAAGGUGCAGGCGCUCAUUCAGAGGUCCCCCUCUCCGAGGACUAACUUUCUACAAGGUGCAUUGGAGCAAUUUGUCCCCUCGUUGGAGCUGGUGAACAGGAAGCUACCGUUUGGCCUGGCUGAGUCUGGUCUGUGUUUCCAGCCCUCAGGUGGCUCUGGUUGCCCAGCUGAGGUCACCCAGACGUCUCUGGUGUGGUUCUGCUCUCCUCGUACCUCUUCCCAGUGGCUGGAUCACUGGGCACGACAGAGACUGAAGUGGUGGAGGAAAUUUGCCCUGUCUCCAUCAGACUUCAGCAGCAGUGACGUCCCAGUGGAGGAACUCGAGGGGGCGGCGUCUCGCGGUGUGAAGAUCAUCUACAGCUUCCCGUGGGGACAGGAGCCCCUGGAGACGCUGUGGAGCCGAGGACACGCCGAGCUGCUGCAGACACACAAAGGAGUCCGUUCCAAACUACAGUGCCGAUCAGAUGGUCGCAAGUCGGUUCCUCACGUCGUCUCGGUAACCGGGAACAUGGACCGCGGUGUGAUGGCCUUUCUGUCCAACUCACUCCAGCAGCUCAAGAAAGAAGAUGGCAAGCAGAAGCUGCUGAGGAGAAAGGUCCUGAAGCUGCAUCCAGUGCUGGCUCCGGUCAAAGUGGCUUUAGACAUUGGCAGGGGAGCCACUAUGGAGCUGAGGCAGGUUUGUGAUGGGCUGCUGCAGGAGUUCAUGGAGGCUAAGAUCUCUGCGUGGCCUGGGUAUCUGGAAACUCUGCCAACGUCAAUGGAGGAGCUGAACGCAAAGUAUGACGAGAUGGGAGUGCUGUUCACUGUGGUGGUUGGUGAGAACACGCUGGAGAGCGGCCUCCUUCAAGUCCGCAGCAGAGACACCACCGUCAGAGAGACGAAGCACAUCUCGGAGAUAAAAAACUUUCUCUCCAGAUACAUUUCUGCUGCCGACAACAUCUGAAUGGACCUUUUUGUUUCGGCAACUAAAAAACUAGUUUAAAUAUUAUGGAAUAUUUCUACAGAGCAUUUAAUGGAAAUUAGUCUUUUUCAGAAUUACUUUUGGCUCAAUGUGUAUUUUGCAAUUAUGUAUCUCCGUUUUUUUGUGUGACGUGAAAAAGAAGAUGUGCGCAUAUUGCUCAACGUUUAUGUGGCCACGUCCAUGGUGCAUGUACCCCCAGUUUUGUAUUGGGUAUGACUUGAGGACAUCCUCCAGUCUCCCUCGGUUCUUCCAAGGCAAGGAGAGGGAUCAGUGCUGUCUGAUUCAACAGGGUGGUAUUUACAUAAUUGGAGGAGGAUUGGCUCAAUGUUUUGCUCAGGUUUCUGUCUCACUUUCUAUUCAAAUACAGUGUCUCUUAAAUAUUGUA